AGAUAACAAGUAGUGUGUUGUGAACAACUGGCGGGAGAGGUUCGUCUAUGCUGGUACUGACUAUAUUUGGCGUUCCUGCUUUGGUUAACGUUCCAGUUGCGGUUGAAAUUGCAUUUUAUGGGUUGGUGCCCCAGAAUUUGCUCUGUGGGUAUUGGUAGGGAUCGCGUUCUUCAGAUGAGUCUCCACACCCAGCUCCUGACUGCUGUGCUGAUAGUUCUCUUCGUCACCCACGCCACACAAGGGUUCUGGUUCCAGAAUCACCACUACCCGGUAUGCGUUCCUGGGCCACCCGGGCCACCCGGGCCACCCGGGCCGCCUGGGCUACCUGGCCAACUGGGUCUCUCAGGUCUACCAGGAAAACCAGGACCAGCCGGCCCUCGAGGUCUCGUUGGACCUAAAGGAGCUCCGGGUCGAUCCGGACCAAUUGGUCUAAAAGGCGACCCUGGCAAAGAGGGUCCCAAGGGCAGUGCAGGUCGCAAUGGGUUGCCAGGGAGAGAAGGCAGAAUAGGCCCUCGUGGUCCUGAAGGUCCCCAGGGUCCCGAAGGCCUUCCAGGUCUCCGAGGACCUCAAGGUUCCCAAGGGCUUCCAGGUCCCCAAGGCCCUCCAGGUCUCCGAGGGCCUCAAGGUUCCCAAGGGCUUCCAGGUCCUCAAGGCCCUCCAGGUCCACCUGGCGUCUCCGGCUUUACAAUCCCGCCUGAUCCCACUAUACAGUAAACAUCUGUUAACCUGGCAAACACACAACUUAACCACAACGUUAUUUGAACUAUCACAACUUUUCUAUAACUUUAUAAUCUUUUACAAAAUUUGUGGUUAGGUUGUGUUUCCUGGGUUGGUGUUCUAGGUUCAUAAGAACGUGUAAGUCUAGGAACUUUUAGAUAUUAAUUGAACUUAAAUACAUCAUUUUGUAUCUACAUUUUCCACUUCAUUAACUAAAUAUAUGAGAUACUGAUUAAUUGAAAAAUGGUGCUUUUAUUGUAUAUCAAAUUAUUUGAGGGAGGUUAAUUUUGCAUUUCGGACUGGCGGAUUGUGUAGCACUAAUAUACAAACAUUAUUACCAUUACAAGUAAAAUAAAAAAAUAAAAAAAUAAAA